GCGGGCGGCGAGGGGCAGGAAUGGCGUCCAGCGCCAAAUCGUUCCUGGCCGACGCGGGGUAUGGCGAGCAGGAGCUGGACGCCAACUCCGCGCUCAUGGAGCUCGACAAAGGCCUCAGGUCUGGCAAACUCGGGGAGCAGUGCGAAGCCGUGGUUCGUUUUCCCAGGCUCUUCCAGAAGUAUCCCUUCCCCAUUCUCAUCAAUUCGGCGUUCCUAAAGCUGGCUGAUGUCUUCAGAGUGGGGAACAACUUCCUGAGGCUGUGUGUGCUGAAAGUUACUCAGCAGAGUGAGAAGCACUUAGAGAAGAUCCUAAAUGUGGAUGAAUUUGUCAAAAGAGUUUUCUCAGUAAUUCAUAGCAAUGACCCAGUUGCUCGGGCUAUUACACUCCGGAUGUUGGGCAGCAUGGCAUCUAUUAUUCCAGAAAGGAAGAAUGCACAUCAUAGUAUUCGUCAGAGUUUGGAUUCCCAUGAUAAUGUGGAAGUGGAAGCUGCUAUAUUUGCUGCUGCCAACUUUUCUGCACAAUCUAAGGAUUUUGCUGUCGGAAUAUGUAAUAAAAUCAGUGAGAUGAUUCAAGGGUUGGCCACACCCGUGGAUUUGAAGUUGAAGUUGAUCCCCAUUCUGCAGCACAUGCAUCAUGAUGCCAGCUUGGCCUCCAGCUCCCGGCAGCUGCUCCAGCAGCUGGUGACAUCCUACCCCUCUACCAAGAUGGUCAUUGUUACUCUGCACACCUUUACUCUGCUUGCUGCUUCUUCUUUGGUUGACAUUCCUAAGCAGAUCCAGCUUCUGUUGCAGUACUUGAAAAAUGACCCCAGGAAGGCUGUGAAGAGGCUUGCAAUCCAGGAUUUGAAGUUGCUGGCCAACAAGACACCACAUACAUGGAGCAGAGAAAAUAUUCAGGCACUCUGUGAAUCCGCUCUUCACACUCCUUAUGACAGCUUGAAAAUGGGCAUGUUAUCUGUUCUUUCCACAUUAUCAGGGACCAUUGCCAUUAAACAGUACUUCAGCAGUGCUCCAGGAACAGCAGCUACAACUGCAAGAUCAUUUGAUUUAGUAAAGCUAGCACAGGAGUGCUGUUACCAUACUAACCGUGGUAUUGCAGCUCAUGGUGUGAGAAUUCUGACUAAUAUAUCAGCCUCUUGUCAGGAAAAGGAUCUUCUGCCUUUGGAGCAAGAUGCAGUUUUUGGCUUAGAAGCUCUUCUUGUUCUUUGUAGUCAAGAUGACAGUCCAGGAGCUCAGGCAACCUUAAAGAUCACGUUAACUUGUAUGGUGAAGCUGGUCAAGUGCCGUCCUCAUCUGAGCCAGUCAGUGGUGGAGUCCCUGCUGACGCAGCUCCAGAGUGCCCAGGAUAGUGCCAGGAUUCUCAUGUGCCACUGUUUAGCUGCUAUUGCCAUGCAGCUGCCUGUCCUAGCAGAUGGGAUCCUAGGAGACCUAAUGGACCUCUAUAAAUUAAUAGGACAAUCUGCCACAGAUAAGAAACAGGAGCUUUUGGUUUCUCUUGCCACAGUGAUAUUUGUUUCCAGUCAGAAAGCUUUGUCCACAGAAAUCAAAACUGUUAUCAAACAGCAGCUGGAGAAUACCUCCAAUGGAUGGACAGCCUACAGGAUAGCCAGGCAGGCUUCCAGAAUGGGCAACCAUGACAUGGCCAGAGAACUGUAUCAAAGCCUGCUGACUCAAGUAGCUUCGGAACACUUCUACUUCUGGCUGAACAGCUUGAAGGAGUUCUCCCAUGCAGAACAGUGUCUGACAGGUCUGCAGGAAGACAACUACAGCUCAGCACUUUCUUGCAUUGCUGAAGCUUUAAAAUCCUAUCACAAAGGAAUAGCAUCACUGACGGCUGCUAGUACGCCACUUAAUCCUCUGAGCUUUCAGUGUGGAUUUGUGAAACUCAGGAUUGACCUUCUGCAAGCUUUUUCCCAACUUAUUUGUACCUGCAACAGCCUGAAAACAAGUCCACCACCAGCUAUUGCCACAACAAUUGCUAUGACAUCAGGAAAUGAUCUCCAAAGGUGUGGACGCAUCUCUAACCAGAUGAAACACUCGAUGGAGGAAUUCCGAAACUUGGCUACACGGUAUGGAGAUCUGUAUCAGUCAUCUUUUGAUGCAGACUCUGCAACUCUAAGGAAUGUAGAACUACAACAGCAGAGCUGCCUUUUGAUUUCACAUGCAAUAGAAGCACUGAUUUUGGAUCCAGAAUCUGCAAGUUUCCAGGAAUAUAGCUCGAAUGGAACAGCUCAUGUUGAAAGUGAAUAUGAAAGAAGAAUGAUGUCUGUAUUUAAUCAUGUGCUAGAGGAAGUGGAAUCCCUCAACAGGAAGUAUGCUCCUGUGUCUUACUUGCAUACAGCUUGUCUGUGCAAUGCUGUCAUUGCCUUGUUGAAGGUGCCCCUUUCAUUUCAAAGGUACUUUUUCCAAAAGCUGCAGUCUACAAGUAUCAAGCUUGCUCUAUCCCCAUCUCCAAGGAACCCUGCAGAACCUAUAGCAGUACAGAACAAUCAGCAGUUGGCCCUGAAGGUGGAAGGAGUGGUUCAGCAUGGAUCUAAACCAGGCCUUUUCCGCAAAAUCCAGUCGGUCUGUCUAAAUGUCUCUUCGGUGCUGCAGAGCAAAUCUGGACAAGACUAUAAGAUUCCUAUUGACAGCAUGACUAAUGAAAUGGAGCAGAGGGUGGAACCACACAACGACUACUUCAGCACUCAGUUUCUGUUAAAUUUUGUGAUACUUGGCACCCACAACAUCACAGUAGAGUCCUCUGUGAUAGAUUCAAAUGGUAUUGUCUGGAAAACUGGGCCUAAAACAACUAUUUUUGUUAAAUCUCUUGAGGAUCCAUACUCCCAGCAGGUCCGUCUUCAGCAACAGCAAGGACAGCCGCCGUCCCAGCAGCAACAGCAAAGAACUGCAUACUCACGGUUUUAAUCCCCAGAAGUGACUGGUCAACUGGUAUUGCAGUUUUUCUUGGACUCUUUUUUUUUUUUU